CGCGCUUGGGCCCGUGCGGCCGCCGUAGGCUCUGAGUUGCUAUGGAAACCCAGCUGCCCUCACUAUGUCGGUGCAACAAGCCCCUCAGUCCCGGGUAUUCGUGGAACUGGUUCCCUGGGCUGACCGGGGCCGGGAGAACUAUCUGCUCUCGGGCGGAGAGACGCUGCCCGGCCUCCGCCGCCCUCUCUCCUCAGCGCAGACCCAGACUGCCACCCGCGAGGUGCAUGUAAGCGGCACUGCGGAGGUGUCUGCGACCCCCGACCGGGCGCAGGUGGUCGUGCAGAUGAGCAGCACCAAGGAGGCGGCAGCCGAGGCCAAGAAGAGCGUUUGCCGCCGCCUGGACUACAUCACGCAGACCCUCCAGCAGCAGGGCGUGCAGUCAGAAAAUGUAACUGUGACAAAGGAUUUUCAAAGGGUAGAAAAUGCUUAUCACAUGGAAGCAGAGGUCUGCAUUACAUUUACUGAAUUCGGAAAAAUGCAAAAUAUUUGUAACUUUCUUGUUGAAAAGCUAGAUAGCUCUGUUGUCAUCAGCCAACCCCAGUUCUAUCAUACUCCAGGUUCUACUGAGAAUCUUCGACGGCAAGCCUGUGUCGUUGCUGUGGAAAAUGCAUGGCGCAAAGCUCAAGAAGUCUGUAAUCUUGUUGGCCAAACUCUAGGAAAACCUUUAUUCAUCAAAGAAGAAGAAAUGAAAGAAUGGGAAGGCCAAAUAGAUGAUCACCAGUCAUCCAGACUCUCAGGUUCGUUAACUGUACAACAAAAAAUCAAAAGUGCAACAAUAUAUGCUGCUUCCAAAGUAUUUGUAACUUUUGAAGUAAAGGGGAGAGAGAAGAAAAAAAAACAUACCUGAAAUUCUGACCAAAAUAUAUUGUGUUUGUAUCUUUUUGUCUAUUUUUAUACUUUUUAUAAUGUUUGCUUUUGUCCUGAAUAUAUGUAUAUUGUGUAGUAUAUAAGGUGUUUCUCCCUCAAGCCUGUCAAUCCUUGAAUAUAGUUCCACAGAAUACUUAUGUUUACUUUCUGUUUUUGAAAACUUACUGUGGGAAAUACUGUUUGGGAAUAAAUGUGUUAUAUGUGCACACUUGCAUAGUGACAGUUCAUAUAAGUGUAUGUGUAAAUAAUUUUAUAUUCCUACUACAGGACAAAAUAUUGACAGUUAUUAACAUGAUUGUUAACAUUCAUAGAAAGAAUGAUGAGCAAUACAUAACUCUUGAUAAAAGGGUAAUGAGAUAUACUAAGAAAAUAUUUUGAUGACAGAAAUAAAAGAUAAUAUAUUGACCAGACUCUCUUCACUAGGGCUCCUUUGAUUAUACCAGCACUCUCCAGUACAAAUAUAUAUAAUGCAAUCCAUAUAUGUAAUUUAAAAUUUCCUAGUAGUUACAUUUUUUAAAAAGUGAAAAACAGUUGAAGCUAAUUUUAAUAUUUUAUUUAACCCAGUAUAUCCAAAAUAUUAUCAUUUCAGCAUGUAAUUAUUCUUAAAAUAAUUAAUGGAUAUUGUAUAUUCUUUUUUAUACUAAGUUUUCAAAAUCCAGUGUGUAUUUUAUAUUACAGCACAUCUCAAUUCAGAUGCUAAAUUUUCAUCAGAAAUACUUGAUCUGUAUUUAAGUUUCUUAAAAUAUAGGUGGAAAAAAUAGAUUCACACACCCAGUUGUUCCAGACAUUCUUGAAAGAUCUAGUAACUGGAUCACGUGUCAGUUUUUAAAUUAAAAAUGUUUUUUUAAUUUAAAAUUCAUUUCCUUAGUUGCACUAGCCACAUUUCAAGGACUCGAAAGCCAUAAGUAGGUAAUGGCUACUGUGUUGGACAGUGCAGGGCCAUACACUGAGAAAAUUACUGAUCCUUAAGGCUAUCUGAGCAAGUACAUAUCAUUGCUAUUGCAUUAUACACCAUCUGCAGGUGUGUCUACAUAAGCCAAGUCUGUUCUGCAGCACAGGCUUUCCAUUCCCUGCCAUACAGCUAAGCUCUAGGGUUUUUCCUUUGAUAGAGCUUGACACUCAUAUACCAAUGUUUCUUUCCUAUAACGUAUUCCAGUAUGUAGUUUUCAUCCCCACCCACUUUCUUAAGUGGCACUAAAACCGCUUAAUCCAUCUCUUCUGUAGUAUCCUUGGUGGGAAGGAGUGUGGAAGCUAAGAAGAAAAAUUUUAGAAUCCAACACCGCUAUUUUAAAAUCCUGAUUUUACUACUAGAAUGUAAGCUCCUUUAGAAUGGAGAUCUUGUCUUUCUCAUUCACAGCUGCAUUCUCAGUCUUAGCAUAGUGACAGGGCCAACACAGAGUAGGCUCUCAAAUAUCUGCUGAGCAAUGUACUGGUUAUAGAAACUUGUCAAGGCACUUUAAUUUCUUUAAGCUUCUCUUUCCUCACCAAUGAAAUGAGGCUAAUAAUACCUACCCUGCAGUGUUGCUAUAAGGAUUAAAGUUGAUAACUGUAAGACCACAAGGAUAAUGCCUAGCACAUAGCAGUUACUUGGUAAAUGGUAGCCACUAUACCAGCUGCAUUCUUUGAUUAUUGUCAACCCAAAUAAAAGUUGGCUUUUCCAAAUCUAUCAUUAAGAUGAAUUUUUAAAUAGUCAUAUUAAAAAUAAACUUAUCAGAAAACCAGUUUAAGGUAUGUUGAAGUUUUAUUUCCAAAAAGAGUUAAAUAAAUUAUAUUUUAGCUUUUAUUUAUCUAGUUGGGUAGAAAAGUACUAUUGAGUCUGUACAUCAAGAAAAAAAUUGUUCAUACUCAAUAAAAUUUAACCACGGGGGCUGGUUUUUCUUAGCCAUGGCUUCAUUGGUAUCUUUGGUCCUAUCAUAUUUGGUAAAGAAGGUUUUCAACUUAGCAAUAAAUACCUAAAAACAAAUUUUAAGUUAGCAAACACUUUUUAGAAUUUAUAGGCAUUUUUAAAGAUGUUGCCUCAAAAAAAACCUAUAAAAUGGACAGUCCUACAAUUCUGUACAGCAUCUAAGAGAAGUAAUCCUUCAAAGAUUGGACUGGUUUAUGUAUGACAUCCUGUGUACUUUAAGACUAAGGGUAUCAAAUUUAGUUGUCAGUUAAUGGCAAGUUAAUUUCUGACACAUGGCAGAUACUGGAGUAUCACAAUGAAUUACUUAGGGGACCUGUGCCACAAAGCCUGCUAGAAUAAACCUAUCCCGAACUUAAUCCUUAAUCCUGACAAUUUCUUUCUUCUGAACCCCUUUUUAAAGAAAAUCUUUCAAGAAAGAAAAAAUUGUAAUUGCUGUUUUCUGAAAGAAAAUUUCUUUCUAAUUAGGAUAUUUGAAACAAACCCACUAUGUUCCAAGCUCCUUUUUAGAAGGAAAUACUAUUAAAAUAAGGUUUCUGAAUAUUACUGAUAAAAUUUAGGAUUCCAUUCAGCUACAUGCUAAAGAUUACAUUUUUUGUAGUAUUUACCUUACUUAUAUCAGUAUUCUUAUUUGACAGUUAAUUUGAGUUCAAUGCAAAUAAGACCUGGAAAAAUAUUUUUUAACUUAUGAUUCUGUGCCUCAUAUUCCAUAAAUAUUGUUAGGACCUCCUUGGAAAUGUAGGUUUAGGAGAUGCAAAUUCUGUCAGACUUGUUGAUGAGAAUUUGAUAAUGAGGAAUCCUUCUCACUGGCCUACAAACAAUAAAAACAUGAAUUAUGAGGUCAAAAGUGGGAGUUAACAUAUUAUCUACAUUACAGAAUUAUGUGGAAGACAAAUGUAUUAUGAUUCAUUCCAGAAAAAAACUAUAUAAAUCGGUUUAAUCAAAAUAAAAAACAUUUAUUAUUUUAUUCGUAUUAUAUUUGCAGCCAAAUAGUUUCUAAUAGCCAUAAAAUCUCCUGUGGCCUAAAUCACUUUAACAUGUUCAGUUAUGUUAAAAGACUAGAAUUAACAGUGGCUUAUCCAAGUCAAACACUUCUCAGGGUGAGGUAAUAGAUACUUUUCAAGAGGAAUUAUUUGUACUAUUUUAUUAAAAAGAAUAACAUCCUUUUAUAACCUGUUUAGCAGGGGGAUAUACUCUGGAGCUCUGGCUUCAGUGUCCCAACCAAAAGCACUCCCAAACAGCCAUGCCACUUAUGGACGCUCACCAGUCCCACCUCAGAGUGAGCAAAUGCUGGCUUUGGACUUCAGAUGUAAGUUGGUACUGUCGUAACAGUGAAAAAACAAAACAGCUAAUGAAAAACAUAUUAUUUGCUACACAGAGUUUGAUUUAUCAGGGUUUCAUAUGCUUGAUACAAUUAGUAAGGCAAAUAAGUGAACCAAAAACGAAAAUCAGUUUCCACACUAAGAGAUUAAAAGCCUAGGUGGCAGGAGAAAGUACUAAUCUAAAUGAUCCUGAAACAAGGCAGUAAUCCCUGAAUUUAAAAAAAUCCUCCAGAUAUCACGUUGCCAUCUGGUGGCAGUGGGGGGGUGUGCGUGUGUGUCCAUUUUUUUAAAUAUAGAGAUUCUGUCAUCCUCUCUGCUCCUUCCCUUCUACAAACGAUUUUGCACAAAAGACCCAAAAACAGGUAAAUAGUUCCAAUACUUCAAACAGAAAAAUCUACACUAAUCACAUUCAUUACAUCCUAAUUUUUCAUCAGUUUCUAUACAAGACUAUGAACUCCUCAAGGGUAGGGCUAUGUCUUAAACAUUUCUCUUCCUAGUACCUGGCUAAUAAAAGGCUAAGAGGAGGAAAAGCUGGUUGUCAGUGAUUCUGCUUUAUUCCCGCAUCAGAAGGAUAGCAUUCAUAGCGGAGUACCUCAAUGUUGGUACACAUGGACGUGGGGAAGGGAGAUGCAGGGCACUGAUUCCAGAGUCAAGUACAAAUACGAUUUUCUAUAACAGGCUUUGAAAAUUAAUGGCAAUGGAAACAUUCAAUUUAAACAUCUAUUUAUUAAAAGUUUUAACUGAAUUUAUUAGAUGCAGUUUUAUAGUGGUUACAGUCAGAAUUUCAAAAGCAACUUUCCCUGAGAGUGUGCUAUGGGCUGUUUUUUUGUUUUCUGUUGUUGUUUGGCUCUAGUUCACUGUUUUUAUUUGCAUAACCACCUUUCUCCCAGACAAGCAACAUUAGCAAAAACUUAAGGCAAAGAUGCCUUGUUGGUGACCAUCCUGUUCAGUUUUCUUCCGCGGAGGGUCUUCUCAGUGGCCGUUUACCACAUGGAGUUCAUGCUGUGCUUGCAUAUUUUCUCCUGGAUCAGCUCUAAGUGAGGACCUUUGCCCUACCCUCCUGUCACCGCUGAGAGUGAUUAUACUUGUGCCACACAUUGCUCACCCACAGGCCAUGACAAACUCUCAGGGAAAGUUGCUUUCUUUGAAAUUCUGACUGCAACCGCUAUAAAACUGCAUCUAAUAAAUUCAGUUAACUUACAACUUCUAAUAAACAGAUGCUCAAAUUGCCUGUUUCCAUUAAUUUUACUUGCAAAACCUAUUUUAGAAGGUUAUAUUUGUACUUGAUAGCAAUAAUGAAUUUUUAUCUCAUACAAAAACAGUUUUUAUGCUUUUUCUUUUUACCAAAUCAGCCAUGUUUAUUGUAGUGGG